AAGACAAACGUGCUCUUUUUGUAAUCUCCGCCUAUGCUCCCACUGAAUGUAGCCCAGAUACUGUCAAAGACCAAUUCUAUCAGAACCUUCAUGAUUCGCUCUUAAGGGCCCCCAAAAUGGACAUCAUUAUUAUGGCGGGGGAUUUCAACUCCCGUGUUGGUCGUUGGUUAUCAAGCGAACGCCAUCUUUGAAGACCGCAUGGACACGACAACUUUUGCUCAGACAGUGGUAAAAGACUACUCAGUUUGGGUUCCAUCCACCAACUUUACCUCUCCAGUACGAAUUUUCGCCACCCUAGACGUCACUACGCUACCUGGCACGUUCCAUCACCUCCUCAACGUUGGUCACAGAUUGACCACGUCGCCAUAAGUCAUCGCUGGUGUGGCAGUAUUCGGGACUGCAGAUCCUACUGAUCAAUCUGCAUGGAAACUGGUCAUGCGCCAGUGCGUGCGUCGGUUUUCAUGUGUUUCGGUGGCUCGCCUAGGACUAGACAAACUCGACUUAACUCUGGUAAACUGGAAGACCCCACCGUGCAAUUGGAAUAUGAAAAGCAGCUUCAGAGAACCUUACUUCUCCGCCUUCUCGGGACGUUGAUCAGCAUUGGUCGCGAUUGCAACAGAUUAUGUUUUCAGCGGGUUUAUCCAGUUGCGGUCUUGUACGUUGCACAACUAAAAGUUGGAUCUCGGCCACCUCCGCGAAACUUCUCGACUAUCGACGAGCUAUACCCGUCAGUGUUGAGCCCACUGAACUCCGCCGUUCUAUUUCCAGACAACUGAAAGUGAGUAUUCGACGUGACCGUGAAUCCUGG